AAAUAUAUUAAAGUCAUGGAUGACAAAAAAUACAAAGAUAUCUUGCUGAAAAUUGCAUUUAAUUUGUUGGAUAGAGAUGUUGAAGCAGUUAAAUUUUAUUAUUCAAAACAAAUUGGUGAUGCUGAUCUUGAAAGGAUUACAACUCCUAUCAAAUUAAUUCAAAUUUUAGAACAGCGUAUGCUUUUAGGAAUCGAUAAUUACAAUUCUUUUGUAGAGGUGCUUACAAAAAUUGGAAGAAAUGACCUGGUUAUUUAUUUCUUUGAGAUUUCAAAUUCACCAAACAAAGAUUCCAAUAUUUCUUUCAAAAAAGAUGUAAUACUAUCACAACUCCACAAAGCGUGCUCAAGAACAGCUGCUGAAAAAUAGAACGUCAAUAGUUUUUCGAAUAAUUAUUAAGAAUAAUUUUAUCGC